GGAGGACUGAGAAAGAACUAGUCUAAACCCCAACUUUGCCACCGGCGUGACUUCGCUUCCACUUCGGAAGUGUUCCUCAUCUUCGCCAAUGGAAAAUUGGAGCUCCUUUCUAUUCGGCGGCACCAACUUGGAUAAGAAGAAGUUCGCCGGUGUUUUUGAUUGGUUCAAGGACAAGAAAGAAACUGAUAGUAAGGUGGAGGACUUGCCGUUGUUCGAUAAUAGAAGCCUCGAACCGAGGGAACCGUCAGUUUCCAUCAAGAAGAGAAAGAGAAAACAAGUUGCUUCAGUUUCUGGGAAAAUAGGAUCAGUGGAGGGAUUCAGUGUGGUGAAAGAAGAAAAUUAAUGAAAAAGAUGAAGAUAAGCCUUCUGAAGAAAAGAAGUAACUUUACAGACAAAUGUAGGUUCUUCUUCUACUUAUUUAUAUUUCGCCUUUGAAUCCUGGUUUUUGAUAAUGUUAAUCAAUUGAACUGAAGUUU